AUGCCGAUUCGGCCUACUCGCCGCAGCCAACGUCUCCCGUCCAACAUCCCAUUGCGGACCCUGCAGUCCCGGCCACAUCCAGACCAGCAAGAACAGGCGACGUCAUUGCUAGCAUCUGAUCGGGACGACAACCACCACAGCGCCCGUGACCGUGAUCACAACCACACCUCCUCUUCCACCUCCCACCGUCAACACCACAACUUCGACAACGACAAACACAAUCACCACGGCCACCCGUCAUCAGAGGACUCUCUCGGUUCCGAGUCCGAUUCCUGGACCGACACUGGGGACAUCGCCGACCUUAUCGACGACGAAGACCCCCUUCGCACCCAGCUGCCCAGCGACGUUGAUGACGAGCUGCUAGCCGGCGUUCACAAGAGACACCCCUCUCACAAGUCUUCCAAGAAGAAGCGUGUUCGCAUCCAAGAGUCUCCUAGUCGCCGCGAUAACUCACAAACCCGUCGUGGAGGUGUUAAUAAGGAGGCAAUCGAGGUUCCCGACAUCGCCCAACCUCGUCCGACCCGCGCGCAGCGAGUCAUCGGCGCCAUCAUGCCGGGCGGUUCCUCUAUUCACGGCCUCACUGGCAAGGCCCUGAUCUAUUUCACGAGUAUCUUCGUCUCCUUGGGAGUCUUUUUGUUCGGCUAUGAUCAGGGUGUCAUGUCAGGCAUCAUCACAGGUGUCUACUUCCGUAACUACUUCCAUCAGCCUUCCUCGGCCGAGAUUGGUACCAUGGUUGCCAUCCUGGAAGUUGGCGCCUUUAUCUCAUCUCUGGUCGUUGGCAAGGUUGGCGAUAUCAUCGGCCGACGCAAGACCAUUCUAUAUGGCUCCAUGAUUUUCUUUGUCGGUGGUGCCUUGCAGACAUUUGCCACUGGUAUGCCCAUGAUGAUGUUGGGCAGAAUUAUUGCUGGUCUGGGCGUUGGUGCUCUGUCUACCAUCGUCCCUGUCUACCAGUCUGAGAUCUCCCCUCCCCACAACCGUGGAAAGCUGGCCUGCAUUGAGUUCUCCGGCAACAUCAUCGGCUAUACCACCUCGGUGUGGGUCGACUACUUCUGCGGAUUCAUCGAAAGUGACAUGUCAUGGCGUGUUCCCCUUCUGAUGCAGUGCGUGAUGGGGGCCCUUCUGGGCUUUGGAAGCUUGGUCAUUGUAGAAUCUCCAAGAUGGCUCCUUGACAACGAUCACGACGAAGAAGGUAUCGUUGUCAUUGCCAACCUCUACGGCAAGGGUGACAUCCACAACCAAAAGGCCCGAGACGAGUAUCGCGAAAUUAAGAUGAACGUGCUUCUCCAGCGACAGGAGGGUGAGAGGACAUACGCCGAGAUGUUCCGCAAGUACAGCACCCGUGUCUUCAUUGCCAUGUCAGCUCAGGGUCUCGCUCAGCUCAACGGCAUCAACGUCAUCAGCUACUAUGCUCCCUACGUCUUUGAACAGGCAGGCUGGGUUGGUCAUGACGCCGUCCUCAUGGCUGGCGUGAACGGCAUCACCUACCUUCUCUCGACCAUUCCCCCAUGGUACCUGGUUGACAGGUGGGGUCGCCGGCCAAUCUUGCUGAGCGGUGCCAUUGUCAUGUGUGUUUCACUGUCAAUGAUCUCGUACUGGCUCUACCUCGACAUCACCUACACACCCACAUUGGUCGUCAUCUUUGUCAUGAUCUACAACGCGGCGUUUGGAUACUCAUGGGGCCCGAUUCCUUGGCUCUACCCUCCGGAGAUCUUGCCCCUGAGCAUUCGCUCCAAGGGAGCCAGUCUGUCAACCGCAACCAACUGGGCGUUCAACUGGCUCGUCGGAGAAAUGACGCCUCUGCUCCAGGAGUGGAUCAAGUGGCGGUUGUAUCUUGUGCACGCCUUCUUCUGUGCAGUCAGUUUUAUUGUUGUAUACUUCAUCUACCCCGAGACAUGCGGUGUCCGCUUGGAGGAGAUGGAUUCGCUCUUUGGCGACGCCAGCACUGUUAUUGGAACACCAUCUUUGCAUGGCCGCGAGAACGACUCGCUCAUGCCCGGAUCGCCCAUUGGGUCCGAAUACCGGGGACGGCCCGGCAACUUUACUGCCAACAGCGCCAUUCCUGGCCUGUCUCUCGACCCUCCCGACAUUCCCGACGGCAAGGGCCAGGAUGGUGAGGCCAGCAGCACCAUUAGCGGAUGGGUCUCCAGAGUUGUUGGUCGCACGCGAGACCAGAGCAGCAGCGGCAGCGGUAGAUACGCUCCCCUUGGUAAUCAGGAUGAUUGA